GAAUUAUCAAACUCCCUGAAAGAAAGUGCCAAUAUUAACACUUUGGGCAUCGCUUAUUGUUGAAGAAUGCACAAGACUUGGUUUGAUGUAUUUGUGUAUUGCUCCUGGAUCUAGACCUUCCCCUGUUGCUGUUGCUGUUGCAAGUCACAAAUUAAUCACAUGUAUUUCAUGCUUCGAUGAGCGUUCACUUGCAUAUCAUGCUGUUGGAUAUGGAAGAGGAUCUCACAUUCCAGCAGUAGCCAUUACAUCAUCAGGCACUGCAGUUUCCAACCUUCUUCCUGCUGUCAAGUCUGAUCUGGCUAAAAAUAUCCAAUCAUUAGAACCAAACUCUAAAUGUUAUGUCUUGUAAUGAGUGAUUCUCUUACACUCUGAAGUAUAACAAUUUUACCUUAUAAGGGUUCAAUUCAAUCAAAGUAAAAUGGAAAGCGUUUCCUUAUUUAUCAAA